GUCUCAUUUGGACUUGUCCGAACACGCCCGAGGUUUCGCUCACAAUUUGGCUGCCGUUGACGUCAUCUUAGGAACGAAACCACAUUUGACCUUUGACAUUAAUGUUUACACGAAUGAAAGAUGGCAGCCUACAGGAACGACGUGGAUGAGAGCAUGAAUGCCGACAAGAAAAGCUGUUUAAAAGUUGCUCUUAUAACGGGUAUUACUGGUCAGGAUGGUUCUUACUUGGCAGAGUUCCUGAUAAAUAAAGGAUAUAUGGUUCAUGGUAUUAUACGGCGCUCUAGUUCCUUCAAUACAGGCCGAAUCCAACAUUUAUACAAAGAUCCAACCACUCACACAUCAGGAGCUAUGAAGCUUCAUUAUGGUGAUUUGACAGAUAGCACAUGUCUUGUAAAAAUCAUUAGCCAAGUUCAACCCGACGAGAUCUAUAAUCUAGGUGCACAGAGCCAUGUAAAGGUUUCUUUUGAUAUGGGAGAGUACACAGCAAAUGUAGAUGGUAUCGGAACCUUGAGGCUUCUAGAUGCUGUACGGACGUGUGGUCUUGGCGAUAAGGCCCGCUUCUACCAAGCAUCAACAAGCGAGAUGUACGGCAAAGUGCAAGAAAUUCCUCAGAAGGAGACAACACCAUUUUAUCCACGAUCUCCGUAUGGUGCAGCCAAGCUUUAUGCUUACUGGAUCACUAUCAACUUCCGUGAAGCCUACAACAUGUUUGCUUGCAAUGGCAUCCUGUUUAACCACGAAAGCCCAAGAAGAGGGGAAACAUUUGUAACUCGGAAGAUCACAAGAGCUGUGGCUAAAAUCCAUUUGAAACUCGGAGAAGAAGUAUGCCUUGGAAAUCUGGAUGCACAGAGGGACUGGGGACAUGCAAAGGAUUACGUUGAGGGGAUGUGGAUGAUGCUUCAACAAGACAAGCCAGAAGAUUUUGUGAUUGCUACCGGGGAGGUUCAUAGUGUACGCCAGUUCGUUGUGGCCGCUUUUAAAUGCAUAGGAGAAGAAAUAUUAUGGGAAGGAUCUGGUGUCAGUGAAGUUGGCAAGGACAAAUAUACAGGGAAUAUACGUGUCCGUGUGGAUGCAAAAUUUUACCGUCCAACGGAAGUGGUCCGGUUGUGCACCCAAAGUCAAAGAUCUCCCCGGCAGAAGACCUAUUGUCUACAAAGACCUGUUAUUGAAGUAUUCCCAGAGUUCAGACCAUUGUUCUGAAUGCAAGAUUUUCA